AUGAAUAAAUCAUCUUCAUUAAUUUUCUUAAUCCUUCUGCUUGUUCUCAACCUUCACAGAGUCGUUGUUGCAAAUGGUGAUGUAGUCGCUGAUCUAUGCAAGAAUGCAUCAACAACACCGGAUAGCAUGUUAAGUUAUGAUUUCUGCGUGUCAGCUCUUGAAUCAAACCCUAAAAGUAAGACUUCAGAUCUCUUGGGACUUGGUGUAAUAUCAAUGGAGUUAAUUGCAAACAAUGCAACCAAUCUUUUACCCUAUAUUGGUAAACUUCUUGAAGAGGGAAAAAAAGAACGGUUCGUUAAGCAAGCUUUAGAUACUUGUUUGGAAGUUUAUGCGGAUGCCACUCGUUCCGUUGAAGAUGCCAUUACAGAUUUCAAAGAUAAAGUUUAUUACGAUGCUCGUGCCGAAAUUACUGGUGCGAAUGACUAUUCGGUUGCUUGUGAAGAUACGUUUAAUGAACGAAAUUUAACAUUUCCAUUGAGGAAACAAGUUGAUGAUUUUAGAAAGCUAGUUGAUAUUUCUCUCGUCAUUAUUGAUUUGGUAGAAUCACAAGGCUAG